AUGGAAGGAGCCAAAAGGCAAAGUUUGGAGGAAGACUCUGAAGGACAGGCCACACACACAGGACCCAAAGGAGUAAUAAAUGAUUGGAGAAAGUUUAAAUUGGAGAGUGAAGAUAGUAAUUCAUUCCCACCCAGCAAGAAGGAGAUUCUCAGACAAAUGUCUUCUCCUCAGAGUAGAGAUGACAAAGACUCAAAAGAAAGAUUCAGCAGAAAGAUGAGCGUUCAAGAAUAUGAGCUAAUCCACAGAGAAAAAGAAGAUGAAAAUUGCCUUCGUAAAUACCGUAGGCAGUGUAUGCAGGAUAUGCACCAGAAGCUGAGUUUCGGGCCUAGAUAUGGGUUUGUCUAUGAGCUGGAAUCUGGGGAGCAAUUCCUGGAAACCAUUGAAAAGGAGCAGAAAAUAAUCACAAUCAUUGUUCACAUUUAUGAAGACGGUAUUAAGGGUUGUGAUGCUCUAAACAGUAGCUUAAUAUGCCUUGCAGCCGAAUACCCUACGGUCAAGUUUUGUAAAAUAAAAGCUUCUAAUACAGGCGCUGGGGACCGCUUUUCCUCAGAUGUACUCCCCACACUACUCGUCUACAAAGGUGGGGAACUCAUAAGCAAUUUCAUUAGUGUUGCUGAACAGUUUGCCGAAGAAUUUUUUACUGGGGAUGUGGAAUCUUUCCUGAAUGAAUAUGGGUUAUUACCUGAAACAGAAAUGCAUGUCCUAGAGCAGAGCAACACGGAAGAAGAUAUGGAAUAA